AUGCGGUAUCAAUCCCUUCUCGCACUAGCACUCGCUGCUACCGUUGCCGAGGCGCAAGACGUGCCCCAGACUGGUGAACUCGGCGAUGCCAUUGUGGUCGAAGACAACCCUCAGAAUGUCACCUAUAAGGCCGAAUUCCCCGAGAAGCCCUUCAGCACUGUCGCCAUCGAAGGCAACGUGAAGGGUUCCAUUACUGCCAAGACGGUGGAGGGUGGCGUAGAGUUCCACGUCAAGUUCGAGAACCUCCCAGCGGAGGGUGGCCCGUUUGGCUACCACCUCCACGUCGACCCCGUCCCGGAAGAUGGCAACUGUACCAAGACUUUGGCGCAUCUCGAUCCCUUCAUCCGUGGCGAGGCUACAGCCUGCAACCCGGAGGCGCCGGCUACCUGCCAGGUCGGCGAUCUGAGCGGUAAGUACGGCGCCGCGGAUUCCGGUACUACCUUUGAGGAUACGUAUGUCGACCGAUAUGUAAGCCUCAAGGAGGGCCCUGGGAGCUUUUUCGGCAACCGAAGCAUCGUGCUGCACUUUGCCAACAAGACGCGCAUCACCUGUGCCAACUUUGCGCUCUUGAGCGAUGACGAGGGCGAUGACAAGCCCGAUGGCGAGGGUGACAACGGGGGCGAAGACAACGGCGAUGAUGACCACGCCGAGCACACGGGGACUCCCACAGACGGAAGUGAUUCCACUCCUUCUCCCGAAGAAAGCGCGCCAGUGGAGUCCAAUCCUUCCGAGGGUAGUGCGGCGGCGUUGGCGAGCCUAUCCUUGAUUGCGGCGUUGGCUGCGGCAGUCUUUGCGCUCUAA